AUGGCUGAGCGCCAGCAUGAUUUUUCUGCACGUUUGGAGGAGUUUACUGGCUCCAACUGGGCGUCGUGGUUCGGCCGACUACAAUUUUUCUUCGAGGCCAACGAUGUGACUCACCCUGUCAAGCAACGAGCACACUUGCUUACACUGUGCGGUGCUCAAAUUUACGACGUGGUUUGUGCGCUGCUUCAACCGAAGACGCCCGACCAAGUGAGCUAUGCCGAGAUCGUGGCCGCACUUCAGGCACACUACGACCCUCGACCGUCCGAAGUCUACAGUCGUGCGAUGUUCCAAAAGCGAGAUCAGCUUCCAGGUGAAUCGGUAAACGACUACGUGGCCGCUCUACGCAAGUUGGCUACGAGCUGCAAAUUCGGCACGCUGCCGACUGCAACAACAGCUACGGCGACGCCAGCUGAGGGAACGGCAUCAGCAACACAGCAAGGAGCUACGGGCUGCAAUCCAACGCAUCUGCCGUUAGACGUGAUGUUGCGCGAUCGCUUCGUGUGUGGUCACCGGGACCAUAACCUUCAACAGCGACUGUUUGCAGAGAAGGAUCUGACUUUUUGCAAGGCUUAUGAUUUCGCUAUUCGAGCGGAAAGCGCCGUCCAGCAGCAACGACAGAUAAAAUCGGAUCAUGCGGAGGUCAACAAUUCGGCUACGCACGCCGGCGACAGCACUUCGACGUCCAAGACGCAUUCUCACCAAGCGCAACGCUGCUGGCGUUGCGACGGUUCGCACAGUCCCAAGACGUUGGCAGACGGAUUCAGCACCCCGAAGUUUACUCUGACGCUUACAGUGCACGGCAGACCUGUGACUUUUGAGGUCGACUCCGGUGCAGCGUGUACCAUGGUCAGCAACUGCAGGUUGUCGGAACGGCAACAGUAA